AUGUCAGACGAAGAAUUUUAUUCAGAAGAAUCGUAUGAAUUUGAGUUUGAAGAUGAAGAUGAAGACGGAGGAGAUUUUGAUAUUGAGAAUAACGAGGAUGAUAGUGAUCAAACCGGUAACAACAACAAUAACAAUAGUAAUAGCAAUAAAUCCAAUGUGAAAAAGGUACUUGAUAAUCAAUAUUAUUCAGCAAAAUCUUUCAAAGAUGACGAUCCUAAGCAUGCCAUUAUUGAAUUUCAAAAGAUAAUUGAUAGUUUAUCGGAUGUGAAUGAUGAUGAUAAUAAUAAUAAUGUUGAAGAAAAGUAUGAAUGGAAGUUUAAAUCUUAUAAACAAUUGAUGAAAUUGUAUUUUGAUCAACAAAAUUUUCAAUUAUUUCUUGAAACUUUGACACAAUUGAUCCAGUUGAUACCAAAAUUCAAUCAUGAUGGUCAUUAUAAAAGUUAUAUUGAGGAAUCAUUUUCAAAAAUGAUUAAUCGAUAUUCUAUUCUGGCAAAUGUGACUUUUGUUACUCAGUUUUACAAUACAUUGUUGAAUUAUCUCGAUAGUAACUCCAAUAGUAGUUGUCGAUUGUGGUUUAAAAUUAACAUAAAUUUACUUAAUCUUCAUCUUGAUCAUCAAAUUUAUGAUGAUAUACCUAAUCUAUUACAGAAAGUUUAUUCCAAGUUGGACAUUAUCAGCAAUGGAGGUAAUAAUGGUUGUCUGGAAACAACGUUGAACUCUUUUAAGUUACAAACUAUUGCUAUUGAGAUUGAUUAUUUGACGAAAAUAAAUCAAUUCAAUUUGAAUUUACCAAGAAUGAAUCAAUUAUAUCGUAUGAGUUCAAAAAUUACCACUGUGGUCACCCACCCAAGAAUUUGUGCUAUCAUUAAUCAAUGUCGUGGUCUAAUACAAUUUUAUCGAGGUAAUUAUCAUCGAGCAAAUAUUGAAUUUUAUAAAAGUUUCCAAAAUUAUGAUGAAGCGGGAUCAACUAUGAAAUAUAAAUUAUUGAAAUAUUAUGCAUUAUGUUCAUUAUUGAUUGAAAGUGAAUUGGAUCCAUUUCAAAGUCAAGAAACUCAAAUCAUUUCUAAAUCUUCGAAUCAAUUUAAUAAAUUGAAAUUGUUAAUCAAAUAUUAUAAUGACUUGGAUUUGGAAAAGUUUGAAAACUUAGUAUUCUCAUCAUUAGAAUUAGACUCGUCAUUGCCAUCAUCUAGCCAAGAAAUUGAUGAAGAAAGUAUUGAGAAUGAUGAUAUCUAUAAAGUUGCUAUUCAAGAAAUAUUGUACAACUUGAAAUCAAAAGUUUUACUAAAUUAUAUCAAAGCAUACUCAGCCAUUAAAUUUGAAUUUCUUUAUCGCAAAUUAAGAAUAGAUGAAAAUCAAUUACGUUCAAUUCUUUUACAAUUAUCAAUGGCCGGGAAACUCAAAGAUUCACAAAUUGAUUAUGUAAAUAAAGUUAUUUUCACCCAGACUAGUAUCAAUAAUAGUAAGAGCAGCAACAGCGACAACAAAAGUAGAGCAUGCUUUCCUCAGUUAUCACAGAAAGAUAUAUAUUAUAAUGUCAAGUAUUAUGAAGUUGUAUCCUUUGGACAAUCUGAUGCAACUAAUGGUAGCAGUGUUGUUAGCAAUGCUGGUAACAAUAGUAAUGACUAUAGAACUGAUGAUAAUAUGGAUAUUGAUGACAAUAAUUUCAAUUUUCAUAUUGUGCCAACUGAAAACACGAAUACUGAUUAUUUUCGAAAAUAUUUCUUUGUCAUUGAUCGACCACUCAAAAUACAAGAUUGGUUUAUACCAAUUGAAUCAUGGUAUUUGUUUUUGGUUUCAUCCAUUCCUCAUACAUAUAAACAAGAAAUCAGUCAAAAGGAACAAGUCAUGCAUGAACAAAAACAAGUGGAAAUUGUUAAUUCAAAUGGUAUAACCCCAUCAGCACCAGGGGCAACGAUAACAACUUCAACUAUGUCCAGAGCAGAUAUUGAACUAUCGAAUUUUAAUACUGGGUUAUUGAAUUCUGUUGUAAACAUAGACAGUAAUAAUAAUUUUGGUAAUGGUGUUGAUGAUGAACAAUAUGAAUAUGAUCAAUCAGUCCAACAAUUGAAUAAAGUUGAUUUAUUAAAUGAUUGGUAUGCUCAAGCUCGUGAGUACUAUAAUCUGUUGAUUGAUAAUAGUGAUAGCAAUAUUGACAACAGCAGUAAUAAUACUAAAGGGAAAGGUGGUAGUAAUACUAUCAGAAGUAAUAGUAUUGUUGAGAAUGAUAUGACUAUCUCCAUCUAA